CCAAACUCCACCAACGGACUGCUUUGUAACUGUGAGGAUGAUUUUGCUUGGCCAUGUGACAAGUGCAACAACAGCAAUUCAUGCAAUAAUGUGAGCAGUAGAACCUGUACAUGCAUAUAUGGACUUCCCUCUGACAACAAGUUCUGUCAGCCUAUCACCAAUGACUCUAUCUGCCCAACCGUUACUCCAGUAUUGACAACAACAACAGCAAUGCCAAAUUCAACAACACCAUCUCCUUCAACAACAAUAUAUGCAACAACACCAGAAGUGACAACAGUGACAAACAUAACAACACCGGAUAUUACCAUGGUGACAAACGCAACAACACCAGUAGCCACAACAACUAAAACCUUUGCUGUAAAAGGGAACAUUAUUCUGAACAUGGAUUUCAAGGACUCAUUCAAUACACAAAACAGUGAUGUUUACAAAGAUAUUCUUAAUGCUACUAAAACAAAUUGUCAACAGCACUUGUCAAAAGACUGUAGCGUAACAAAUCUGACCUUACGGUCUGGAAGUACCAUCGCUGACUUUACUCUCAGCAGUUCUUCUCAGGGUGGAACACAAGUUCAAUUAGUAAUAGAUGAAAUGUUGAACCAACUAGCAGAAAAGUAUCCUGUGAGGUUUGUCAGUACUAAAACAUUUAAUACUUCAGUUCCUUCAGAGCAAAUAAUUGCUGGAGAUUCUGUAAUUGUGACAUGUGGACCUCCUCCUACUAAUUUCGGUUCAAACCUGACGGUGGAGUGGACAUUUAAAGACAAGAUCAUCCAAACUGACAAACCCAGUCAAGACGGAACAUCGAAAUACACGAUCAGAAAGUUUUUUGACAUUCAUGAAGGAACAUAUGUAUGUAAGAUGAACCGGGCAGACGGUGCCACUUUUACACAGAGCAGCGUCUUAAAGUCCAAACUAGCACCCCUGAUCUUUGUGGACCCUGUCAGAGGAACAGUGAAAUGUGGGGAUUCUGUGACACUGCAGUGUUCUGUCAACAGUGAUUACAAGGUUCAAUUUAAUGGCCCGGAUCUUCCAACCCUUUCUCCAGAUUCAGAAAUCAGCUAUGUGUACACAGCCCCUAAGGGAUGCACCACACAGCAAAAGACAAUAACCUGUCAAGUGACAAACUCAGGGGCCAAAGAAACAAUCAUAUUGACAUUAACCCCAAAUGUUGUUUGUGAAGGCACUAAGGAUUUCAGUGCCGGACAGUUAGAUUUUGAAGCUGUUGCAUCCUGUGAAAAGGGCAAAGUGGGAAACAAAACAGCGGUUUGUAAGAUUGAUGGCACAUAUCAAGAUUUCCAAGACAACUGUGUUCUAGAAGUUAUACAUAACCUGCUCCUUCAGUCAGAGGAAUUGGAUGAAGUUACCCUGCCAGGAUUCCUGAAAGAUCUCAAGGAUGCAGCUAUCAACAACACUAAGACCAUAACUGAUUCUCCAGCCACCAUCAGAGCCAUGGUUCAGAUCUUAGAAAAUGUCGCCAAGAGGGCUGAUUCUUUAAAUAUCACAAUAUUUGAAGAAUCCACAAAGAACAUCAUGGAAAGUGCAGGCAUUCUUACCACUGACACAGCAAGAAAGUCAUGGCUUAACCUGAACAAUGAAAACAGUACAAACAAACAAAACAAAUUUGCCAGCUCUUUGUUUUUGAGAGCUUUUGAAGGAAUAACAACCAGUGUUGUCAAUCAACCUCUGAAGAUAAAUACACCGCAUAUUAUUUUCACUAAAACUAAUUUCACAAACUUUUUCAGUGAAGACUUUAAUUCCUCAGUGGAAAUAGACAUACCAGAAGCUGGGGGAGGCAAGCAGUCAAUCACUGUAAUAUUAUUUGCUUCCAUGGACACCGUGCUUCCUGCAAGAGAAAAAGCUACCUUAUCAUCUGCUGUUAUCAAUGGAAAAGUUGCACUUAUUCGUCCAAAUUCUGACAUUACAAACAUAUCGAUUGCGUUUGAUGUUUUGAAUGAUACCCUGGGAAACCCUAAAUGUGUUUUCUGGAAAUUUGACCUGUUUGACGGUCUUGGAGGAUGGAGCAAUGAUGGCUGCUCAUUUGUAGACAGUAUAAAUGGAACAGUCAGCUGCAACUGUAACCACACCACCUCGUUUUCUAUUCUAAUGUCACCUUCCAGUCCUGACGAUCGUGCGUUGGACAUCAUAACCUACAUUGGAGUUGGCAUAUCUAUCGCCUGCUUGGUCAUAUGUCUCAUAAUUGAAGGCAUUGUAUGGAGAAAAAUAAGAAGGAACACAACAUCAUAUUUGCGUCACGUCUCUAUCGUUAAUAUCGCAGUCUCUCUCCUGAUUGCAGACAUUUGGUUCAUCAUUGGAGCAGCCAUUUCAAAAACAAAAAAUGAGUCAGCAUGCACAGCAACUACCUUCUUUAUCCAUUUUUUCUACCUUGCCCUGUUCUUUUGGAUGUUAGCAUCAGGACUGCUGUUGCUCUACCGAACUGUCAACGUCUUUGAAGGAGGGCUGUCUAAAAUGUCCAUGCUGAUAAUUGGAUUCUGUUUGGGAUAUGGUGCACCUCUGAUCAUUGCAACAAUAACCAUAGCUGCAACUGCCCCUUCACAUCAAUACAUCCGGGAAAAUGUUGUCUGUUGGCUCAACUGGGAUGGGUCCAAAGCUCUGCUUGGGUUUGUGAUCCCCGCACUUAUGAUAGUGGUGAUAAACCUUAUCAUCCUAAUUGUGGUGAUAGCCAAACUGCUGAGGAGAAGAGUAGGGGAGAAUGCUGCCCAAGCAGGAGAGAAACAUGUGCUGGUGGUGAUCGCCAGGAGUUUGGCUGUGCUCACUCCAUUUUUUGGACUUACUUGGGGUUUGGGAGUUGGAACCAUGGUCAGCCCACAAAACAAGGGGAUCCAUAUAACAUUUGCAUUGUUCAAUUCACUGCAGGGUUUCUUCAUUCUGGUGUUUGGAACACUAUUGGACAGAACGGUGCGGUCAGCAUUAACACCAUCUCAGCUAGCUACCUCCCAAGGCAGAACAACCAGCACCGGUACUGGAACCCUAUCCAGUGGAGUUGGAAACUUUUUCAGGAGACUGAGAAAACGAAGACAUUCUUCGAAUGGCUACCAUGUGUCUUCUAAUGUACCCACGGCCUCCAACACUUAAUACAAAGCAAAGACAAGUAUGGUUAAUUUGAAAAGGCAGUCAAUUAAACCAACCAGCAUUUUGUUUAUUUAAAAAUAUGGCAUUGUCAUUUUCAUCUUACCUAUACGUAUGUUUUCAAAAUAUUUAGUACUGUGCAGUAAUAUCUGUUUAAUGCAUUUGUCAUCCCAACAUUUGAUCAGAAGAUUUCAUAAUCUUUUUAUGGUUGGCUACUAAUUUUGUUCCUUAUUUUACAUAACGUUAAUGUGCACAAAGUGGAGGCAGGAAAGUCAAAGAUUUACCUUUUAAAACAAGUCACCCAAAGCACAGUUAACAGAUAAAAGAUAGUAGACUUUUGUAGGAUCAAAAUGAUUAUAAAGCUGCUGUGAACACAUAAUACUUCUGAUGUGGAUAUUAAUGUAAAGAGAUGAAGUUGAUUUUUUUGUUUGGAUGAAUGGUGUAGAAUACCCAGUGUUGCACUGCAUCAGGAUAUGUAUGUUACUUUUGUAAUGUCACUGUCUCUUUUUAUUUAUUUUUCCAAACUUAAAGAUUUGGAGAUGUAAUUUCAAUAUCUUUUCCAGUCUGUUUGUACAGAAAACUGGGCAAAUAAUUAUCAGCUAAAUUAAUAAGACAGUAGCUUAGAAUUCUUCAGAUGGAGCUACUCUGAGCUUUUAGUCUGCUGAGAUAAGUGGAUCUUCUUUAGCGCAGACAGAGCACUUAAACAUCACAAUAAUGUUUAUUUUUAUGUCAGUGCUAUGGCAUUUGAAUAUUAGAUUGGGUCCAUAGCAGUGGAACUAAUGUGGUAUGUAUGCAUCUCAGAGCUGUGAGCUCAUUAUGCUACAUUUUUUUAUUUGUCAUGUCCAAACAAUAUGUGACAGUCUAUCUAGCUAGAGAUCAGACUGUGUUUGCUGCAAAGUUAAAUGUGUGCAGCUAAAGCUAUAUUUACUAAAAGAUGUGCACUAAAAGGCAAGAAAAAUUCCUGAUGAAAGUAUAAAAUCUGCAGAAUAAAGUAAAUUUUGCUUAGUUUUCCAGAUUUUUAAGACUUGGUCAUAGAAGCUAAAAUUUGAAUAGAUGCAAAAUAUUAUAAAGUUGGUACAGAUGAGUCCAUGUUGAUUAAUUUUGUUUGUUUUUUGUACUUGUGUAGCAACAAGAAAAAACACACUUUUUUCACUUUUAUUCAUUUUCACAUCUCAAAAUGCUUCCUUGCUAGUCAAAGAAAACAUAAGGACUUCUAAAAACAGGAAUUUAAUCAGAACAGUGAGUCUUUUUUUAAUUUACUUUUUAAUUUUCAAUGAAUUGAAAGGGGUGAGAUUAUAUAGUUUAUAUUCAGACAAGAAGUUUCUUCUGUAAUAAUGGAAUAAACCUAACAACCUUUUACUGAUUUUAUCAACUACAUUUUAGUCUGAGUUAAAUAAAACCGGCAUGUUUA